CUGGUCUGACCGGGUCCGCGACCCCAGCAGAAAACGGGUUACACGCGCCACCGCAGUUCCAGUCCUGAAAUCCAAACUCCGUCGCUAAUUCAACGCCAAAAGAGAAAAUGAAACGAGAGAGCUAAACCUAAACUCUGUCACUCUCUCUGGUCUCUCCUCACUCGGUCACUUCACUUCCAUUCUCCGUCACCAGUCUCAGACAACUUUGACGGGAAGUCCCAGUUUUCCUCCUCCAUCGUCGUCGGCAAGUUCUCCUGCUCCGCUUCGUCAUCCGAACAAUGAGGAGGCACCACCUCCACAGCAGGUCGCUCAGGCAGGGAGCCGGAGCGCUGAGAGGAUCGGUGGCGAAGUUGUCAAUUGCCGUUCUAGUGCUCUUGAUCUGCACGCUUGCUUUCCUGUUUUCCACUACGCUUACCGGAAGCAAGGGAUUUACUGUCCCCUCAGAGAUUAAUGUAGAACAGCUAUGGGGAAGUGCUGAUUCGGGUGGAUGGAGGCCGUCAUCAGCUCCAAGAUCUCACUGGCCUCCUCCUCCGAAAGAGAGUAAUGGAUAUCUGCGUGUUCGAUGUAAUGGUGGUCUGAACCAGCAGCGGAGUGCGAUCUGCAAUGCCGUUCUUGCUGCUAGAAUUAUGAAUGCUACACUAGUGCUCCCUGAAUUGGACGCAAACUCAUUUUGGCAUGAUGACAGUGGAUUCCAUGGCAUUUAUGAUGUGGAGCAUUUUAUUCAUUCAUUGAGGUACGAUGUACGAAUUGUUGAAAGCAUUCCAGAAAUUCGUAAAAAUGGCAAAACAAAGAAGAUGAAGGCUGUUCAGAUGCGGCCCGAUAGAAAUGCAGGUGUUGAUUGGUACACAACAGAGGCCCUCGCGACAAUGAAGCAACAUGGAGCCAUAUAUCUAACUCCCUUUUCACACCGUUUGGCUGAUGAAAUUGAUAACCCAGAGUACCAACGUCUGAGAUGCAGAGUUAACUAUCAUGCUUUAAGAUUUAAACCACAUAUCAUGAAGCUAAGUGAAUCAAUAGUUGAGAAGCUUCGUACAGAAGGUCACUUCAUGGCUAUUCACCUUCGUUUCGAGAUGGAUAUGCUUUCAUAUGCAGGGUGUUUUAACAUAUUUAGUCCUGAAGAAAAAGCAAUAUUGGAGAAGUAUCGGGAUGGAAAUUUUGCCAAGAAGGACCUAAACCCUGAGGAGAGGAGACUCAUGGGAAAAUGCCCACUAACUCCAGAAGAGGUUGGACUUAUUCUACGAGCUAUGGGUUUUGAUAAUUCAACUCGAAUAUUUUUAGCAGCUGGUGAACUUUUUGGUGGGGAACAAUAUAUGAAACCUUUCAGGGCUCUUUUUCCUCGUCUAGAAAAUCACAGCUCUGUCGAUUCCUCGGAGGACCUAUCUACAAAAAGCCAGGGUUUGUUGGGUUCCGCUGUGGAUUACAUGGUUUGUCUUCUGGCUGACAUUUUCAUGCCAACAUACGAUGGACCGAGUAACUUUGCCAACAAUCUCCUGGGCCACCGCCUUUACUAUGGCUUCAGAACAACAAUUAGACCUGACAGGAAGGGACUUGCCCCAGCCUUCAUAGCUCGGGCGCAAGGGAGAAAAGCCGGUUUUGAAGAAGCCGUUAGGCGUGUGAUGAUGAAUACCAGCUUUGGCAGUCCUCAAGAGCGGGUCAGAAAUGAGUCAUUUUAUACCAACUCUUGGCCUGAGUGUUUCUGUCAAACAGAAGCAAGAAAUCCCACUCAUAGAUGCCCCCCUGACAAUGUUCUGCAAGUUCUUCAUAACCAGUUGGAAAGCCAAAUGACAGGCAACUUGGAUCCUCAUCAGCAGCAGCGGGGGAAUCGAACUUCUUCCAUGGUUCGAUGAAGAAUAUUAUGUGAUAGCCUCUAGCUAGCUUGUUAACUGCAACUCUCUUAGAAUGACUGCUACUCAUCAAUUUGGGAGCACAAUCCCAAACCACAUCAUACUACAUUUUUGCCUCAGGAAGUCAGUUUCACGUCUCUGAUUUCGUCGUAACACUGGUCCAGCAGCUCGAGGAUAAAACAUCCUCCAAAGGUCAUCAAGCACCCUACUGGUCGAUAGUUAGAUGGGAAAUAGUAGUGAACUAUCUACAGAAGCGUUUGAUAGAUUUGUUUGUUAAUGGGAUAUAAUAGUGAAUGCCAUUCUUUCCAGAUUUCAUUCUCAUAUGAAGAGUCUUGCUAGUGCUUGUAACUUGUAUCCGAUAUGCC